AUGUCAGAAGAAAAACCACACCCAAGAAGUAUAGUCUAUUGUGGGAUCUGCUCGUUCCCUCCAGAAUACUGUGAAUUCGGAGGUAAGUUUGUCCAGUGUAAAGCAUGGCUAGAAGAUGCCCAUCCUGAAUUGUACGAGAAGCUUUACUUGCUGGGAUCACAAGAAACUAAAGCCUCUUCGACGUUACCGACAGAAAAGCAGGAGCAAAUAGAAAAAGACUUGCAAAAAUUACAAAUCAAAGAGGCCAAGAAGGCAGAACGAGAAUUACAGAAGAAAUUGAGCUCGAAGAUCAUCAUCAAGAAGAUCGAAAGAACCAAGAGAAAAAGAGUGAUCAGUAUCAGUGGGCUAGAGGUGUUUGAUCUCAACAUCAAGAAGUUGUCUAAGCAGUUCUCGUCGAAAUUUGCUACCGGUGCCAGCGUGGUCAAAAACGCAGAAAAGAAGGAAGACCUUGUUCUUCAAGGUGAUUUGGCCGACGAGUGUGAAGAAUUUAUCCACAAGUUGUUGGAGGAACAAGGAUUGAAGGAUGUCAAGGUGGAGAUGGUGGAAGAUAAGAAGAAAAAGAAGCCUGCGCAGCCUACAGUCUAA